CCAGUGAUUUGUGCGGAACAGAUUAUUUUCAUUUUUAACCCUUCCUCCUGCGUCCAUGCGCGGAUCAUGUGCGCCGUUCACUGAAUGACCGCACUUCGGCGCGCCAACACUUUCAAAGCUGAAGUUCACCGGUUUGUAACGUAGUCUGGGAGGACAGUUGAAGAUUUCAAACAACACGCCUUGAUGUUGAGACAGAAUUGACGUCUUGGUCUAAUCCAGGGAGUGGUGAGAGUUGUGAAUGUGAAAAGACAACGGAGUCUGAGUCGCGCUUUAUUCAUAUGAACACAUUGAGGACGAUGAUGAGAUACUUAACCUGGACAGCAAAAUCCGGUUUAAUUGACUACAAGGAGGCAUGAAAAACCAGGCUUGAGGAACUCUUAUCCAGACCCUUCCGUAGAGGAGGAGGAAGAGGAGGCAGCAGAUGGAGGAAGAGAGAGCCAGGAUGCUGGAAGACGAAGGAGACGACGAGGGCGAGAUGGGUGUGGUGGAGACGGAGGUCGGCGGUCCCGUCGACUUCCAGACGGCGGUGGCGAGGCUGACGCUGGAGCUCCAGGAGGCCAACGAGGAGAAGCUGCAGGCGGCUCGCUAUGGCCUAGCCGUCCUGGAGGAGAGUGCCGCCGUCAAGACCCGCAACACCCAGCUGGAGGAGGAGCAGGAGGCCCUCAAGCAGGAGCUGCAGCAGCUGCGGGAGGCCCUGGCGGACUCGGUGAACAGUCAUAAGCGAGCGGCGGCAGACGGCGAGAGCCGAGAAGAGUCUUUGCUCCAGGAGACGGCCAGCAAGGAGGCUGCCAUGGCGACGCGCAUGGAGGAGCUGCAGGUGGAGCUUCGGCAGGCCCGCAUCACAUUGGCCAAUGCGCUUUCAGAGAGCGAAAGGCUGGGCGGGCUCUCAGCACAGCUCAAGAAGGAAUGCGAGUGCUUGGAGGCUGAGAAGGGUCACAUGCGUGAUGAGAUGAAGGAGUUUAAGGUGCGCGAGCUUCAGCAGCUGCAGGACAACAGCGAGCUGGAGGAGGAGAACAUCUCCCUGCAGAAACAAGUCUCCGUUCUUAAGGAGAACCAGGUUGAGUUCGAGGCCCUGAAGCUGGAGCUCUCCCACAAGGAGGAGGAGCAGGAGGAGCUGCGUGCCCAGCUGGAGGAGGCGGGCCGGCUGCGCGCCAUCGCGGAGCGUCAGCUGGACGAGGCGCUGGAGGCCCUGAAGGAGGAGCGGGAGCAGAAGAACUGCCUCCGCCGCGAGCUCUCCGCCCUGGCCCUCAACCCCUUCGACUCCCUGGGGCCCCUGGAGCUCCACCUCGGCCAGCUCGACGACAGCCACGACAGCACCGGGGGGAAGAGGGAGGAGGACGGGGAGAAGGCCGACGAGGAGGACCAGGACAGCGGGUUCAAUAACGGCCCGAGCUCCGGGUCCAAGGGCACCAGCGGCAGCGCGAAGCCCCAGCUGAGGAGCUCGACGCCCAGGAGCAGCGACGCCUUCCUCAGGCCCCCGGCUCCAGGCCUGGUGGCCGACCUGCUCAGCGAGUUGCACCUGUCGGACAGCCAGAAGCUCAAACAGCAGCUGCUGCAGGUGGAACGUGAGAAGGCCAGCCUGGCCAACACGGUGCAGGACCUCCAGAAGCAGCUGGUUCUGUCCAAAGAGGCCCUGAACGAGCAGCAGGCCAAGAUGGACCAGCUGGCCCAGAGGCUGGAGGCCGCGCUCGCUCCCCAGCCGGCGGGGCCCAAACUCGGGCAGGCUCACCAGGAGAACGGCCUGGGGGAGGACGACGGCGACUACUACGAGCUGGACUCCAAGAGCGCGGAGGUGCUGGAGUGCCGCAUGGCGGCGGCCAGCGAGGAGGUGUCGCGCCUCCGGCAGGAGCUGAAGGCGUCGGAGGCGCGCUCGGCCGCCCUGGAGAGCCGCUGCCGGCAGGAGAAGGAGCGCUGGCGCGGCGAGGCCCAGGAGCUGGCCGAUAAGAUCCGCCAGUGCAUCGCCGCCAGCCGCCUGGACCAGGAGCGCAUCGGGCAGCUGGAGCGCGAGAUCGGCGCCACGCGGCGGGUGGCCAGCGACUCGGAGGGCCACCUGAGCGCCACGCAGGAGGAGCUGCUGGCCUUCUCCGAGGAGCUGUCGGCGCUCUACCACCACGUGUGCGUCAGCAACAACCUGACGCCCAGCCGCGUCACGCUCGACUACUACCGCGACGGCGGCGGCUGCCGGGCCGGCGCGCGCAGGGCGGGGGGGGAGCAUCAGCAUCAGCACCCGCUCCGCAAGCGCAGGAACGGCGAGGGGUACGGGCGCAGCAGCCUGGGGGAGGAGCCCGUAGGAGGAGGAGGGGAGAGGAGCGGAGAGUCGUCUCCCGCCUGCGGGAGCUGCCCGGGGUCUCCCACGCCGGACUUCAGGGACCCCACCAACGUCAGGAACCUGGUGGCCGUCAUCCGCUGCCAGAUCAAACACCUGCAGGUGGCAGUGGACCUGUGCAGGAAGCGGGGCACGUUGCCGUCGGCGGCGGGGUCGGACGCGGACCGGGACACCGAGGCGCUCCUGGAGGAAGUGCUCAAGCUCAAGUCCCUGCUGAGCACCAAGAGAGAGCAGAUCGCCACGCUACGCACCGUCCUCAAGGCUAACAAACAGACGGCGGAGUUGGCGCUGAACAACCUGAAGACGAAGUACGAGACGGAGAAGGCCAUGGUGUCGGAGACCAUGGUGAAGCUCCGCAACGAGCUCAAGGCCCUGAAGGAGGACGCCGCCACAUUCUCCUCUCUGCGCGUCAUGUUCGCCAGCAGGUGUGACCAGUACGUGACGCAGCUGGACGAGAUGCAGCGUCAGCUGGCUGCGGCGGAGGACGAGAAGAAGACGCUCAACUCGCUGCUGCGCAUGGCCAUCCAGCAGAAGCUGGCGCUGACGCAGCGUCUGGAGGACCUGGAGGCGCCGCUCUCGCCCCUGAGCAACGGCAGCGCCGGGGGGGGGGUCCCGGGCAGCCCGCGCCGCGCCCGCGCCAAGCAGCUGGGCACCAAGUCGGGCCGGGCGCCCCGCAGCCCCCUGCGCUCCAGCCCGCGCGCCAGCCCCGUCUUCAUGACCCCCGCCGGCCCCCAGGGCAUGGUCAACCACUUCCGGGUCAUCUCCCGGAGCGUGCACGGCAGCCCACGGUGAAAGGUUGUCAUCUGUCCCCCCCCGCCCCUCUCUCCAAUCUGGCUCGUGUGUUGGGGAACGUUCAUGUCGACCUCCAUCUCUCUCUCCUCCGCCUGGCUCCUGUGUCUGGGGAACAUGUCAUGUAGAGCUCAUCACACCUCCAUGUGGUCCUUCCCCUGCCCUGCUUGCCUGACCUCUCUGCAUCUCAGACCCAACAGACCUCAGAAGCACUCAUCAGGACCUUCUCUCCUCCGCUAUCAAGCAUUUCUCUCUCUCUCACUCUCUCUCUCACUCUCUCUCUCUCUUUAUUCUCUCUCUCUUAACCUGGCCUGUUCAUUCUUGACUUCUGUCUCUUUUCUUAUCUCUCUUUCUGUACUCCAUCUAUCAGUUCAUCUUCUUGUCUCCAUCCUCUCCCACGUCUCCUGCUCAUAUACUGUUCUACUGCCCUCUGUCCACUCUGAUCUGAUCUGAUCUUGGCUGUGCAUGCAUGCUUCUGGGUGAGCAGGGCAGAGAGAAGCAUGCCACCAUGCCAUGGCUGAGGUGGGCACCAUUUGCUUGCCCCUUGGGGGUCGAAUCAGAUCCAUUCCAUAUCUUGCCUUCAACCAUCAGAGUCCAAGGGCACUGACUUGUACCUGAAAACCUCUCUUCAGACCAAAACAUUUUAGGAAUCAGACUUGAGCUGAUGGACUGUGUGUUUUCUUUUUUUUGUGUGUGUCUAUGUUUUUGUUUGUUUUCUUUUGUACAGUAUUAGCCUUUUAAUUAUUACAGAAAGGCAAGAUGCCUUGUUUAUUAAAUAGGAAAAAAAAGAAAGAAAAAUCUGUAAAAAAUAUAUAUUAUGCUAAAUAAGGCAAAUGUGCAGGUUUGGUUGGAGUCUGCUGUAUCCUACACUAUGUUGGCUAGUAGCAUGUGUCGGACCUUUUACUGUGCUACUAGUGUGGAUGGUCUGGAUGGGAAGGCAUCACACUAACAGUUCUUCUGUGUGAAGGUCACAUAUACAAGCACAUACCAACAGGCUAAAGUCCUGCUGGGUUUGGUGGGUCACUGAAAACUAACCACCACCACAACAACAAAGACAAAUGGAAAACUCUUUGUUUUAUUGUUUUUUCCUUUAAAUGAUUAUGUGACCGUUCAAAUGCCCAUCCUCCUCUUUGUCCCGGACUGCUGUGUCCCAUUGAUUGGCCCUCGGCCCCAGUCAGCACCACUCCGCCGGGACCGGGACCGGGACCGGGCCCUCAGCCGCCACCGCCGCCUCUGAUAAAUGGGCUCUCCUCAGGUUCUGUGACCUGUGACAAGUCGAGCAGAGGAAAUACAGAAGAUUCAACCACGACUCAACUUCCAGCUAUGCACAGUCCCAUGACCGCCUAGAACCCAAGUGACCCCGGCACAACCAAAAACUAAAAAACUGACCUAUGUACUGUUAGAUGUCCUUUCAUGAUUCCUUACUCUUGAGAGGUGUGUGUGUGUGUGUGUGUGUGUGUGUGUGUGUGUGUGUGUGUGUGUGUGUGUGUGUGUGUGUGUGUGUGUGUGUGUGUGUGUGUGUGUGUGUGUGUGUGUGUGUGUGAAUUUACUAGUAUGUAUUGGGUGAAUGGAGAAGAGUGUGGUCACCUCUAAACCCCUCCUGCCUGUCAGGGCUUUUGUGGGCUACAGUGUAGGAUCAUGGUUUGGCUUUACUGUGAGAGCCUUUUCUACGCUUUGCUAGUGAUUUUCAGCAAAGCCGUUUUUAUUUUUCACACCGAAGUUACAAAAAAAACGUUUCAUUGGAAUGUUAAUUUUUAGGGUGGAAAAUGAAUCAUGCAACAGAAAUAGGUUAUGAGAAUAGUGCCUUAAUUUUGAUUAUUUGCAGUCUCAAUUUUUUUUGUUUUGUUUUUUUCCCCUUAGUGUAUUGCAGUAUUUCUGAGGUGGAAAUGUAUUAGUACACAUUUUUUUUAACAACAACAAAAAAACGAUCAUGGGAAAUGGUAGGAUUAAUUUGUGCUUGGCCAUGGGGACGCUGUUGGCCCCUGACCUGAAACUUAGGAAAGUGCAAAAUUUGCCGCCUCAAUCAUGUGUCCGCGGCAUAAAGAUGUUUAGCAGAUUUAAUCUCAUCUGUGACCCGUUGACGUUUGUUUGAAGCCCGUGCUGUUAGCCAAAGCACAAAAAAGGUGUACAUGCCAGGUAGCCCACUUUCUUUUCAGAGAGUUUGGGAAUUGGGCAUCUUCACACUCUCUAAAACAGUUAGCUAGCUGUCUAGAGCGUGUUGUUAAGGUCAUAGGUGGAAAUGACCGUUGAUUCAGUCAGGCAAUGUUGUCAUUGUAUGGGUGAUCACUUUUAUGUUGCUGCUUGUUGUAAAUGACAGUGUACUAAAUGGAUUUGGUAGGCUGUUAACCUCGACCUUUACCUGUGUUAUUUGUGUGUGAAAUAUGUGACGCUUGUCUCAAACGUCCUCUUGCUGUUGAACAUUUUUACCCUCCGACUCGCUUUGGUACACUUUAUUAUGGUGGAACUCUGGAAAAAAAUGGCUCAAAAUAUUGCAGGUUUUGUCCUUCCAGAAUUUGAUUUGUGAGCUAAAUAUCUAGUGUCUUGGGGGAAAAAUAAAGUUACAUAAUGUCUA